AUGAGACUCAGGCCUUCAAUACCCACGGUCUUCACCCACAAACCCUUUAUCAAAUCCCUCUCAAAACAGAGGGGAUCAGCCUCACGCCGAUCCCUUUCGUCGUCUCCUCUUCCUACCCAUAAAGAUCAGUGUCGCGAAGAUGGACAUACAUCAUUCUUGAGGUCCACUUCUGUCUCGGAUGGUGCUAGUGUAUCAGUGGUGUCGCUUUUUAAGGAGGACUUUGCAAGCGCAAAGGUCUAUAUGAAAGAGCUGGAUUUCAGACAAGCUAGAAGAGAGGCUUUGAAGCGGCACAUGUACAAGUGGUAUGCGAUUGUCCUCAUAAUCGCCGUAUUGACGGCUUUGAUCACCAUCAAACACGAUUCCAUCGUGGAUUUCAUGAGACCGCUUUGUGACCGUAUCAAGAACUGGCCAGGGGGAUUCUUGAUACCCAUAGCAGCACUCAUCGUACUAUCGUUCCCUCCUCUUGCUGGUCAUGAGGUUGGUUUUGCUAUUCUUGCCGCCGGAACGUUUUUGGGAGAAAUAGCUACCUGGAUAGCGUUCAAAUGGUGUUGCCAGGCGAGGGCGUCCAAGUUCGAGAAGAAGAAUAAACUAUACUCUUCAUUGACGCAGCUGAUCAGGGAGAAGAGUUUCAUGUUCGUAUUGAUACUGAGAUUCAGUGCUGUACCGGGUCAUAUCACGACUGCUGUAUCUGCUUCUGCUGGAGCCAACUUUUGGAGCUAUCUUCUUGCAGCCUUCUUGACAUUACCAAAGCAAUGGACCAUCGUCUAUCUGGGGAAAGCUUUUGGCAACUCUACACAUACAACAAAGAUUGUCUCUGCGGUUACCACCGUCCUGACAAUCCUGGCUACCGUGGUCGCCGCCGUCUAUAUCUACUACCAGAUGCGGCUCGUCAUGCGCCGACAAGAGCUCGCUGCCGCGCCCGACACCGCAACGGUCUCGGUCGUAUUGUCAGACUUUACCGACGAGAAGCGCGACGGAUUACAAUCCCGCAGACCAUGGUUGUCCCCCGAAGAUGGUGCUCCCAAGGAUAAUGGCGGCUUUAGGACACCAACGAGGUCUUGGAGUAUGCCUGGGCAUAUGAACGACGAAGAGUUGCGGGCGUGGCUCGCGGAGAUCAAGAAUGAAAAAGCUAUGGCUGCCUCGACGGGCGUGCAGGGUGAAGGGAUUGGCGUUGCUGAAGGGGCGCCGGCUAUCAAAGUAGAAGGUGUCACCAUUUUCGACGACUUGCCUCCGGCCUUUUCUGCUUCCCCAUCGCCAAAGCUGCUGGACACAGCUGCCACCACACCCGGCAACAGCAGUCCUGCGUUCAUCCCUCAAGAAUUCGCCUCGCUAUCUCCAUCCCCUUCGCUCCUUGAGCUCAACAACAGCCAUCCCCCUACCAUUGCUUCUCGCCGACAGUAUACAGAUAGACGUUCUGUGUCGGACACGUCUUCCAUCUACGAGCCGUCGCCUGGGAGCGGGAGCGGGACAAGCACCCCCCGUCGGUAUGGCGGACGGGAGAUGGCCGAUGAUGCCGAUGCGUACGCCGUCGCCCAUGGUGGUCACCGACCAGAUUUCCGCCGUAUGCGAGGAGACUCGCGCGCUGCUCUACUGGGGCGUCCGGUGGAUGAUGCUGCGCUCGACAUGAGCGGCUCUAGUUGGAAGAGAGAAUACAGCUACGGACGUUCCAGGGGUGAUAGUGCUUCCACCACAUGGAGCCGACCUAUGAUAGAUGAGUUGGGGCGAUCCAGGGGAGAUUCUAUGGGAACGGUACACUCUGGAAGACCCACACUAGAAGAUAUCGGGGUCGUUCGGGGUGAGAAUGGAUGGGUGAGGGCGGACAAUCCGGCGAGGAAUAGUUAUGGGAGGCGUCGAGGAGAGAGUGCGGCGGGCUUGCUUGGUAGACCGGACGACGAUGAGGUCAGGCUUCGGGCAAGUAGUGCCGGCCGAAUACACUCGAGGCGAGAGUCGGAUUGGGAGGUGCUCAAAGAGGAUGAAGAGGUGAUCAAGGGAGACGAGAAUGUUUGA